CGUGAAGAUUGGAGCCCAGCUCCCUGAAGAUUUGAAGACCGGUAUCACCGACGCCCUCCGCGCCUACUCCAAUGUCUUUGCAUGGGGGCCGGAGGACAUGCCGGGAAUCAGCCGAAGGGUCAUCACCCACCGCCUCUCGGUGGACCCCUCGGCAAAAGCAGUACAACAACGAAGGAGACCCCUCUCCGCCGAGAGGAGGGAAUUCGUGAAGAAGGAGGUCGCCAUGCUCCUCUCCAUUAAACACAUCAGGGAGGUGAAAUAUCCCUCAUGGCUGGCGAAUGUAGUCCUCGCACAGAAGCCCCCUACCUUCCGCAUGUGCGUGGACUACACCGAUCUCAACAAAGCAUGCCCUAUGGAUCCAUUCCCUCUACCAAACAUUGAUCAAUUGGUGGAUGAGACCGCGGGAUGUGAGAUCAUGUCCUUCCUCGAUGCCUUCCGAGGGUACCAUCAAAUUUUCAUGCACGAGGAGGACGCCGAAAAAACUGCCUUCAUGACUCCCGAGGGCAUCUUCUGCUACCUAGUGAUGGCCUUCGGCCUAAAGAACUCGGGGGCCACUUACACCCGGAUGGUGGCUCGGGUCUUUCAAGUUGUCCUAGGGCGCACCAUGGAGGCCUAUGUCGACGACAUGAUCGUCAAGAGCAAACAAUCUUCCAGCCAUGCUGACGACCUCCGGGAAAUCUUCGCCAUCAUGCAAAAAUUCAACCUUCGGCUAAACCCGAAGAAGUGCACCUUUGGCGUCCAAGGGGGCAAAUUCUUGGGCUACAUGGUGAGCCGUAGGGGUAUUGAGGCCAAUCCCGAGAAGAUCCAGGCCAUCAUCAACAUGGAGCCCCCACGCAACGUGAAGGAAGUUCAACGGUUGACGGGCCGCCUGGCAGCCCUCAACCGCUUUCUAUCUAAAUCGGCGGAGAAGUCUCUACCCUUCUUCCAGAUCAUGAGGAAGACGGCUGGCUUUCUAUGGACUCCAGAAUGCUAGGGGGCUUUCGACGAGCUCAAAAGAUAUCUAUCUUCACCUCCUGUGCUCUCCAAACCCAAGGUAGGGGAGACCCUCUACCUCUACCUUGGGGUUAGACCGGCGGCCAUCAGCUCUGUGCUCAUCCGGGAGGAAGACGGCAUCCAACAUGCCAUCUUCUACGUUAGCAAGACCCUAAGGGAGGCCGAGCUCAGGUACUCCCCUGUGGAAAAAACGGUGUUGGCCAUCGUUUGGACUGUCAAGAAGUUGGGCCACUACUUUCAGGCUCACCCGGUUCAGGUCCUCACCCAUCAACCCCUCGGCGCCCUCAUGAGGAGCCCCACCAGCUCCUCCCGCAUGGUGAAAUGGGCUAUCUUCUUGAGCCAGUACAACAUUGACAUCCGCCCAAGGCCUGCCAUCAAGGGCCAAGCCCUGGCGGACUUUGUGACGGAGUGUACCACAAGGGCAGCCACGGACGGGGAGCCCUCGGCUACCUCGGACGACUGGUGGACCCUCUACACUGAUGGCUCCUCCGCGACCAAAGCAUGCGGGGGAGGGGUAGUCCUCAUUACUCCCGAGGGCUUCAGGGCCUACUAUGCAAUCCGCUUCUCCUUCAAAGUCUCCAACAAUGAGGCCGAAUAUGAGGCCCUCCUAUGUGGCCUUCGGCUGGCUGCCAACAUGAGGGCUCGGCAGAUCCACAUCAAAUGCGACUCCAAGUUGGUCGUUGGCCAAAUCUCCGAAGAAUAUGAGGCCAAGGAGGGGAGAAUGAAACAGUACAAAGAAGCGGCCAAGGAGUUGCUUAAGGUAUUUGAGGCACACUCUCUCACUCAAAUACCGAGGGCUCAGAACUCCGAGGCCGACAUAUUGUCUAAGCUCUCGGCCGAUUCCCCCGAGCACAUCUCCAAAAUUGCCAAAAUCGAGGAACUCAGCCUCUCAAGUAUCCAUGCAAGCCCCGUUAUGAAUAUACAACAACGUCAGGAGGAUUGGAUCUCCGAUAUCACCGCCUUCAUCUCCACAGGGCAGCUACCCGAAAAUGAGGCCGCGCUAAACUGGCAAAACUAAGGGCUCCCAGCUACACCAUCGAAGAUGGAAGGCUCUACAAACGAUCUUACAAUGGCACGCUACUUCGGUGCCUUCAUCCAGAUGAAGCCGAGGUCGCAAUGGAGGAAGUGCACAGUGGCACUUGCUCAGCUCACCAGGGACCCUUCUCCAUGUCCCGAAGGCUCAUUCUCCAGGGCUACUUCUGGCCAACCAUGGCCAGGGACUGUGCUGACCUUGCCCGGAGGUGCACCGCAUGUCAACAUUUCCAGAAAGCUCCCGGCAGGCCAGCGGUCAACUAUGCCCCCAUCAGCACCUCUGUCCCAUUUUCCCGGUGGGGGAUAGACCUUGUGGGCCCUCUGCCGAGGGGUACCUCCAACAACAGAUACAUCAUUGUGGCCGUCGACUAUUUUACCAAGUGGGUGGAGGCUGAACCCCUCGCCAGCAUCACAGAGGCGAAGUGCCGUCACUUCGUCCUCAAGAACAUCCUCACAAGGUUUGGCGUCCCCCAGCAGAUCAUCUCCGACAAUGGGACACAAUUUGAGGCAGCCCCCUUCUGUGCCCUUCUGGAGGCAUGGGGCAUCAAACACACCUUCUCCUCCGUUGCCUACCCUCAAGGCAACGGGCAAGUAGAGAACGCCAACCGGACCUUGCUCGAGGGCCUAAAAAAGAAGCUGGAGGCCGAGGGUGGUGGCUGGGUGGAAGAACUCCACAACAUCCUUUGGGCCUAUCGCACCACCCCUCGGCGAGCAACAGGUGAAACACCCUUCUCCCUCUGCUACGGUUUUGAAGCCAAAGCUCCUACGGAAGUCACCCUUCCUACCCGAAGGGUGAUCCAAUAUGACCCCGAGGUCAACGACAGCAACAUGGCCCUCGACCUCCACCUCAUUUCAGAACGCCGGGAACAGGCCUUCAUCCGGGCGGAAAACUACCGAAGGCAAGUUAAAAGCUACAUCGACGCCAAAGUUCGCACCCGAGAAUUUCAAGUGGGGGACUAUGUCCUCCGGAGGAGGGAAGCCAGCCAACCAACCGAGGGAGGGAAAAUGGCACCAAAAUUCGAAGGCCCCUACAUCAUAGCAGCAAUCAUCAAACCCGGGACCUACAAGCUCAAACGCCCCAACGGGAAAGAAGUCCCUAGGCACUGGAAUGUACACCACUUAAUUAAAUUUUAUCAAUAAUGUAAGAGCGGCCAAGCCCUCAUAACUAGUGAAUGUACUAUCCUAUGGCCCAAGGCCUCCAAUUUCGAAGAAUGAAGAUGCAUUCAAGACAUCAAGCCCUCAUACUGACUACGGCCCCAGGCCUCACCACGAGAAGAACCCCCUCCGGCACCACGUGCCGAGGGCGGACACCAUCAACACCUACAGCAAACAGCGAAAACACCACGUGUUUUCAGUCAAGACCCCUCGGUACUGAGUGCCGGAGGGGGUGAACCCCUAUCACCAACAACAAGGAACACCAUGUGUUUCAUUUCCCUUCGGCACCCAGUGCCGAGGGUACAUCCCCACCUUCAACAUCAAAAAAGAAAAGAUGAGAACACCAAGUGUUCCUACAGAAGACCCUUCGGCACCCAGUGACGAGGGUACAUCCCCACCUUCAACAUCAAAAAAGAAAAGAUGAGAACACCAAGUGUUCCUACAGAAGACCCUUCGGCACCCAGUGCCGAGGGUACACCUCCAUCAUCGAACAUCGAAACGAAGAGAAAAACACCAAAAUAUUUCAAAGAAGACCCCUCGGCACCCAGUGCCAGGGAGAUGCUCUCCUAUCAACUUCCAAACAUCUAUUGGGAAACACCAAGUGUUUCAUUUGAAGACCAUUCGGUACCAAGUACCGAGGGUAGACACCUCCAUCAACUGCAACAAAGGAGAACACCAAGUGUUCCUACAGAAGACCCCUCGGUACCAAGUACCGGGGGCUACACAUCGAAACUAACACCAAGUGUUGUUUCUAAAAGCCGUACCCCACGAGGACGCAUAUACCAAAGGCGCCACCAUCGGUGCCGGCGGCACGUAGUGCCCCCGGCCAUUUGCAACUAGUGUGCAAAUGAAAACCCUUCCUUGAAACGCUUUCCGCGUCACUACCCCCAGGGUAUGGCAGGCAUGAGAAAUGCCCAGGAUUCGACUUUCAAAAACGGAACGCUAUCCGCGUCAUUACCCCCAGGGUAUGACAGGCACGAGAAAUGCCCAGGAUUCGACUUUCAAACCGAAACGCUCCCCGCGCCACCACCCCAAGGGUGUGGCAGGCUACAGACUAUGUCUAGCGCCGAGGGGACGACUUUCAAAAAUGAGGCGCUUUCCGCGCCAUCCCCCAAGGGGAGGCAGGUUACGGACCACCAUAUCUUGUGCCCAGGAAACGUCCCUCGAUCCCCUCGGAACUCGGAAGGUUAACCCGAGGGAGGAGAGCCAUUGGUGUAUUCUGAUGGUCUCCUAAUAGGCCCAGCCUUACCAAGAAACCAAGUUUCUUGAUGCCUUCCCUUCACCACCAACCAAAAAAAAAAAAAAGGGGGGGUGAAGGGGAGUAGACUCAGCGAGAAAUCAAAGAGUACACUCCAACAAUAUCACAACAUGCCGAGGGCUCCCCACGGGAACACCUCCGGUAAUUGAAGACUCCUGUUUCCCGAAGGAUACUACUCAAAGAAAUAUCAUCAGGAAACGGCUAAGUCCACUACCUGGUCACCUCCGGUCACAAAAACACCGAAGGCUUCAACAAUACAAAGGGACUGGACUAUCCAAGGUCCACUAAACGGUACUUCAAACAAACACCGAAGGCAUCUGUUAUGCACAAAUACCGAGGGCCCUUUCCCCAUGACAAGGGUCAAAUUCUACAACUUUUAAAGUGUAUGCCGAGGGCACACACUCCUCAUUGGCUUUCUUCACAACAACAGGAUUCAACAUCAAUUCAUGCUUAGAAAAAUUCUAAGUCCUGAAGGAGCAGCCCCCGGACACCCGAAGGCUACACGAAGAAACAACACUUGAAAAAUUCUAAUACCUAAAGAUUGGGCCCCCGGCCCAAUCAAUAUUACAGCCAAGGGAAUAUGGUGGCCGAAGGCCAUGCAAUACAACAACACUUAAAAAAAAAAGUAUUCUGUCCUAAAUGAGUAGCCCCCGGGCAUCUGCAAAGUGAUGUGGAAUCGGAGGGCAGCUAUCACCCGAAGGCUCCCAAGGGAAAAUUUACACUUAGGAGAUUUUCUAAGUCCUACAUGUUUUCCCCCCGGUCAACUACUCAUACAUCAUGAAGGGAUGCCAUCUCCCGAAGGCUCCCAAGGGAAACUCCACACUUGAAAGAUUUUCUAAGUCCUACAUGUUUUUCCCUGGUCAACUACUCAUACAUCAAGGAGGUAUGCCAUCUCCCGAAGGCUCCCAAGGGAAAAUCCACACUUGGAAUAUUUUCUAAGUCCUACAUGUUUUCCCUGGUCAACUACUCAUACAUCAAAGAGGGAUGCCAUCUCCCGAAGGCUCCCAAGGGAAAACCCACACUUAGAAGAUUUUCUAAGUCCUACAUAUUUUCCCCCCGGUCAACUACUCAUACAUCAUGAAGGGAUGCCAUCUCUCGAAGGCUCCCAAGGGAAACUCUACACUUGGAAGAUUUUCUAAGUCCUACAUAUUUCACCCUCAUCUCAAGGGACCUAAUUACCGAAGGUUACCUAUCAAUCGAGGGCUACAGUACACAAGGAAUCAACACUCCAGAAAAAAUUCUACACAGUAGCCGAAGGCUACAUGACAUACUACACUUGCAAAAAUCUCUAAAUCCUGUGCAUUGGGCCCUCGGCCCAACAUUCACACAUCAGGAAGGGAGGCCAUAUCCCGAAGGCUCUCAAGGGGAAAUCUACAUUUAGAAAUUUUUCUAAGUCCUAGGAUUUGGAUUACUGCAAACACCCGAAGGCCCUAUGGUGUUCUACACUUAGAAAAAUUUUCUAAGUCCUAAUUGCUGCUGAACCCUCAGUUGCAUAUCCAGCAAAGGGUGCCCAACUACCGAAGGCUCCUAAGGGCUAGCUACAAUCAGAUAGUAUUCUAAGUCCUAAGACAUACAUUCAAAGGAACAAACACAUACAUCCAAAAAUGCCGAAGGCAUACACUCAAGGAAAACGGAGGCAUACAUUCAAGAAUAAAGGAAUUGAAGGGAACAAGUCAUAUAUACAAAGCCCGAAGGCGAUCAUUCAAUCAUAAAAAAAAAGCAAGUGUAAUUGCGAUGUUACUAUUACAAACGGGCCGAAGCCGAAGGAUCAAUGUUGAUUGUUACAAAAAAUAUUCAGACAUUACAAAUUAUGAAGUCACUCUACAACUACCACAGCAUCAUUCACCGGGGCGCCCUCUGCAGCCGGCCUCGAUGAUGCCUCCGCUCCGGUCUCGACAGGGUCGUCCUCGGCCUCAUUCUUCAACUCCGUGUCCUCAAGGUCGGGCCUCUGAACACCUUCCGGGAGCGACUCACGGACAUCAGGCUGCAGGGGAGGAAGGCCAUACGCCGAAGGGGAGAAGUCCUUUUGCUCAAUGCCCAAAUGCCGGGCCAUCCUCCGGUAGAUGAGGGCCUGGGUGAAGAAUUCGCCGGCUUCAUAGUACUCUCUGCCCUUCCGGGCCAUCCAUUCCCACCCAGGGCCCUCGGCCCAUUCUUCAACGCAUGCCUCCACGACCGAGGACACCCACAUCUUGCGCCCCUCGGCUUUCCAACCCUCGGCGACAAAGGCCUCAACGGCCUCCUCCUGAGCCUUGGCGACGGCUAGCGCUUUGGAGUCCUCGACCUCUUUAGCAGCGGCCUCAGCAGCGGCCUCAGCAUCAACCUUGCCUUUCUCUGCAGCCUCCAAUUUCAAGCUCAUCUGUCGGAGCUCCUCUUCUAGCUGGGCCCCCAGCUUCACCGCCUCUUGGUUCUUGAGGAGGCACUCCCUCAUUCUGGCGUCUUGCUCCGCUUUGUGGAGGCGCCAUUCUUGAAGCCUCCGAGCCUGUUCGCCGAGGGCUAAGCAAGCCUGCAGAACAACAACAAAAACAGUUAAAGGCAAUCACACAAAAUAAUCAAAGGAGAAGAUGGAGAAAGCCAGGUAAACACUUACAGAGAGGGAGGAGCGGAGAAUGUGGUCCUCGAGGGCCGCAUCAUUAUAGGCCCCGAGGGCAGCCCUAUCCGUCUCAGGGGUCAUACCCCUCAGGAUGGCCCCCGGGUCGACAGCGCCGCUGGCCAAAGAUGUACCCCUCGGGAACGCGACUUGGAGGAUCUCAGGCAGCAACUCCUCUGCCCCCGCCGGCGUUCCACCCGGCAGCUUCUCCACCUGCACCCCGGAGGCGGGGUGCUCAUCAGCGAUAAUGACCGGGGGCUCCUUCUCGGCGACAUCCCCCUUCUUCGGCUUUUUGGUAGCCGGGGGGGACCCCUUGGUCACUGCCUUCCUCUUGCCGGCAGCAUCGCCCUCGGCUUUCUUAAAGAGGGCAGUGGCGGGCUUCUGGAUGCCCUGUCCCGACCCCUUCGGGUCCUGUUUCUUCAAACGAGCAAGCCCCUUUACGUUCACCAUGGACACGGGGACUCCUGCAAAAAUACGAGAAAGGAUUAGGCCGAAGGGUCUAACCGAAGGGACAAAGACAUCCAAGCAAAAAAAAAAACUAAGUACAACGAGUCUAAAGCCCUCGGCUCCUACCUCCGGAGGCUCCCUCAAACACUGGGAACUUCUCAUCAGUUUCCCCCAGGAACCGGUACCGCCGGAACCUGAGGGUGUAGAGAUCUGCUUCUUUGGUGCAGUCCUUGAUGGAGAUAUUCUUGUCCCUGCCCUCCGGGAUCAUGGCCAGAAUCCUGCCAUCUUUCUCGAGGGCGGCGCUCCUCCUCUUCUCAUGCCUCCUGAAGCGGUCACGCAGCUCCCUCGGGAAGGGACUCUCGGCUAGCUUCACAUAGCACCACCGGUCCUUCCACCCCCUGUUUGAGGAGGGCGCCUCAGUGAAGAGUUUGAACACGGACACCUGCUGCAAAUUGGUGAAUCCCUCGGCAUUCGCGUGCCCCCCCGGCAAAGGUUGAAGCUCUGGAAGAAGAGGUCCAGGCUAGGCGUCACCCCCCGGGACUUACAAAGCUGAAGGAAGCCGGUGAUAUAAGAAUGGCUGUUCGGGGUCAGCUGGCAGGGGACCAAGCCAACAAACCUCAAAUAUUCCCGGAGGAAUGGGUGCAGAGGGAACCUAAGUCCCAUGGAUACUGAAAGGACGUGCACCGCAAUGCAGCCCUCGGGAGCCCGGGAGAGAACGUCAUCCGGACCCGGUGUCACCACGAUGGCCGAGGGGCCCACGUGAAGCUGGGUGACAUAGAUGUCCGCCGCAUCAACCUUCGACUUGAUCUCCAAUGCGGCGGUGUUGAGAUAGGAGUACCCCUCGGGCAUAUCGAGGGGCUUCCCUUGAUCCGCUACGCUGCCCUUCUUCUUGGGAACAGCGGCCUUGGCCUUCUUCUUUCCGGGGGCCACCCGGAGGGGGACCGCAUUCAGCGGCCGAGAGGUGCUGGCCUCCCCGGCACCCCGAGGGGGGAGCACAGCAACGGUUACCCUCUCGCUUUCCUUUUGUGCCUCCUCUUCAGCUGCUUGCCAGGCGAUGGCCAACUCUUCGUCCUCACAUUCCUGCUCAAAGCCCUCGGCCUCCGCCUCAGCUACGAGGGCUUUCUGCAACUCCCGGGCAACGACGGCAUCCUGUCCCACCGAGGACUCUGCACUUGAGGACUCCACGUCCGAGAGGACUUCAUCCUCCAUCGAGGGCGCCCCCGAGAUAUCUUGAAAAUCACUCUGGGACGACAUUCUGACUCUAGUUCGAAGGCUCGUACAACUAGUGUUUUCUAAAUGUUCUAUCUCCUAGCCUAAGGGCGCAGUACAGGUAGUUAAGAGGUGAAGGGUAACUGGAGAACUGACCUUAAGAACAGAGGAUUCAACCGGGGGCUGCUGUUUCUCUCUUUAGAAAAAUUGGCAGAGCUUCGCUAUCAAGUUUUUCGCACACGGAGGAAUGCCUGGCCUUGGGGUAUUUAUAGGCGCUGGAAUCCGGGCUUGGGCCUGGGUUCCGGGCCUCCGGAUGGACGCCAUCAUUACUCACCGCGUCUUCGCCCAACCGGUGACGCCGCCCACGGACAGCCAGCCAUCACACGCCACGUGUGCCCCCCCCAACGGCUAUAUCCCGUCGUUACAUAUUCCAACGGCUAUAUUUCCAACGGCUAUAUUUUGGAAGCCCCCGGGUUUUCUACUUCACUCCACUUCAUCAAGGAUAGCCUCCGGGUGCACUCACCCAGAAGUGCCCCCGGGUUGUGCCCCACACAGCACAUUACACACGCCUUCGGGGUCACUCCUUCAGAUCCCUAGGGCUGCAUAUCAGGGCACCCCUCGGGGUUUUCCCCUCAGCACUGCAAAACCGGGUAGCUCCCGGGGAGUGCCUCAUUGACGGAUGGCCCAUGGCCCUCGGGUAACUUCAUCACCAACUCAUCAACAAAUAGUGGACCCCCCGGUAACAACUUCACUGCUGCCCUCAUCUGGCAGGCCCUCGAUCCCUGGAUUGAGGGGCUCCCCUUCGGCACCACCAGGGCAUCAACAGCAAGCCUUCGGCUAAUCAACACAGGAGCCCUCAGAGGAGAGAGCCUUCGGCAUUCCCGUCAUUCUCCACUUUGUACCGAGGUUUGACAUUUUCGAUUCAUCAUUGGGGGAAUUCGGUGCACUCUUUUUCCCUCAUUAGGAUUUUUUCCCAAAUGGUUUUUCCUAAUGAGGUUUUUAACGAGGCAUCCCCCCAAAAUGAAACGAAAAGCGUUAGCCUUCGGCCCACAACAGCAACGUAAUUACUUUACUCCUUUUCACCACUUUACAAGUGCCUCAAGGAGUGGGGGACUGGAGGACCCCUUCGGGAAAACCAUUAAAUUACAAAAUCUGUGAAAUUCCAACAAACAACGAAGCAAGCCCUCAAGUCCCGACAUGUGGGUAACUGAGGGACUGCCUUCGGCAGGGACAUAAAAGCAACAACUCCUCACCAACUUCAGGAAUCACGAUGGGACAACAUCAAAGGGCAAGCACAAGUUACUCCUUUUCCCUCAAGUACCUUUCGGCAAAAGGAGUGAGGGACUCCUGAUGGAGUAUAUGGCCCGGGAACCCCCGGCCCACAGACUCCUACUACUCCAGCGAAGGCCCAGCAGGCCCAACAGGCCCAAAUCACAGCGCCCAAAGUACCAAGCAGCCCGCACUACGCGCCAGGGGUGCCUUCGGCCCCCUGGCCGAAGGCUCUAAACUCUCACAGAACGGGUUUCUCAAGCAAACUAAGAAACUGGGAGAAAACGGCGAAAACAGUAGCCCUCGGCACUGUGAGCCCUCGGCACCAGGGUGCCAUCGGUUGGAGGAGCCCUCGGCUACUGCUCUAUAGCCGAAGGCAUCUCACUCGACAAGAUAUCCGCCUCACAUGCGUACAGAUCACCGUACCCCGCACAGACGUCCCAUCCAACAGCCGCAUUAAAUGCGGCCACAUGCGGCUGCCAGCGCCAACCAGUUGAGGUGACCCCUCGGCCAAUGAGCGCUUGACACGUGUCCCUGCCCGACAUUUAUUGCUACUAUAAAUAGCACCCCAUUUCCCCAUUUGUAACCACGCUUGAUACACAUCGAAUAUACACUCUCUCUCUUACUUGUUUGCUCUAACUUCUCUCUAAGUUACUUCCUGCAAUAACCCUUCGGAUAUAUACCCCCGGGUAGACUAUCCAUCACAACCCAAGUACUCUCUCUGUUGCACCCAAGGGUAAAUUGUAUUGCCAACACUAAAGGACCCCCCACCUCAAUUAUAUGAUUUGAUUAACGGGACAGAUCCUAGAAGUAAACACUUCCAACAUAAUAUCAGAUCAUAUAAUAGUAUGUUUUCGUUCACAUCGAUGGGUGGGAGGAUAGAUAAUGCAGUUAACAGGGGUGGGUCACCACCAAUUUUUAAACUUGGUGGUCAGAAUUAUCAUCUAAUAGGGUCUCUAUUGCCGCAAGAAGGAAGUGUCCCGAAAUUUGCUCAACUAUAUAUAUAUGACACACAACACGAAGAUCUAAACCGCUUGAGUUCUGUGAGAGACGAUACCACAAAAAACAAUUUGCAUGUAGAAAUCGUGUCUUCUUUAAGAGGAAUGCUUGAUGAACACAACGUUUUGGUGAAGUCAUUUAGGAUGGUUCGAGACAAGAUUGCUGAAGGUGGCGAGGCAAAAGUGAGUUUGAAAUUAAUAGGUAGAAGAAAUAAAGAUGCUAGAACUUAUAAUCUACCUACAGUUUCAGAAGUAGCAGCUUUGGUUGUGGGAGAUUUUGAUGAAUCACUUGGGCAAAGAGAUAUAAUGGUUGAAACCCAAGGAGGUUUUAUGAAGCGUAUAAAUGAAUUGAAUCCUGCGUAUUUGGGAUUGCAAUACCCACUUCUAUUUCCCUUCGGUGAAGAUGGUUAUAGGGAGGAUAUUAAUUUUUGUGAAGAUAAUACUUAUUCUACAAAAGGUCGCAGAAGUGUUAGCAUUAGGGAAUAUUUGGCAUAUAGAUUGCAUGAGCGGAGCAUCGAAUGCACUUUCAUCCUCCAAAGUAGAAGGCUGUUCCAACAAUUUGUCGUUGAUGGAUAUACUAUGGUUGAGUCUUCAAGACUAAUGUACAUCAGAACACAUCAAAAACAAUUAAGGUGUGAAAUGUACAAAGGCCUUACCGAUGCUUUACUCAGUGGCGAGCGAGAUGCUUCUACCCAAGGAAAGAGAGUUGUUUUACCACCUACAUUUGUUGGAGGAGCACGAUAUAUGGUGCAAAAUUACCAAGAUUCAAUGGCUAUAUGUCGGUGGGCUGGGUAUCCGGAUUUGUUCUUGACGUUCACAUGCAAUCCAAAGUGGCCAGAAAUUGUAAGAUUUCUUAAAGAAAGAAACUUGAGUCCUGAAGAUCGACCAGAUAUAAUAUGUAGAGUUUUCAAGAUGAAGUUGGAUGGAUUGAUUAAAGAUCUACGUAAUAAUAAGACAUUUGGUGAAGUGAGAGCAGUCAUAUACACAGUGGAAUUUCAGAAGCGUGGCCUUCCCCACGCUCAUAUUUUGUUAUUCAUGGCAAGUGCAGACAAAUUUCCCACUUCGACAGACAUUGAUGACAUCAUUUCUGCAGAAAUACCUGAUGAGGCAAAUGAUCCGGAAUAUUUCAAUGCGGUACGUAUGCAUAUGAUGCAUGGGCCGUGUGGAAAUGAAGCAAAAAAUGCUCCAUGCAUGGUACAAUCUAAGUGUGCAAAGCACUUCCCCAAGAAUUUCAAUGAGCAGACAACCGUGGACGAUGAAGGUUAUCCUAGGUAUAGAAGGCGCAAUGAUGGAAGAACUGUUGUGAAAAGUGGAUCACACCUUGACAACAGAUAUGUUGUUCCCCAUAAUAGGUAUUUACUCUUGAAGUACGGUGCUCAUCUCAAUGUGGAGUGGUGUAAUCAAGGCAGGUCAAUCAAAUAUUUGUUCAAAUACGUCAACAAAGGACAUGAUCGUGUGACGGCCGGAUUUUAUGAAACUUCAAAUGCAGAUGAUAGCGAGAAACCCGUGGAUGAAAUAAAACUUUACUACGAUUGUAGGUAUAUAUCUCCAUGUGAGGCGAUGUGGAGAAUACUAGGGGUUGAGAUUCAGUAUAAGAAUCCAUCUGUUGAACGAUUGAGUUUUCACUUUCCGGAUGAACAAUAUGUUUACUUUGAUGAUAAUGCAUCGGUAAGUGAUGUCGUGUUACGCGAAUCUAUGAAGGAGAGUAUGUUUUUGGCAUGGAUGAGGGCGAAUGAGCAGUACCCAAAUGAGGCACGAGAUUUAACUUAUGCUGAAUUUCCUCAAAGGUUUGUUUGGAAGGCUACAACAAGAGAAUUCGUACCUCGCAAAAAGGGUUUUGCUAUAGGUCGACUAACUUAUGUCCCUCCAGGUUCAGGGGAAUCUUAUUAUUUGCGUUGCCUCCUAAAUUUGAAGCGUGGGCCUACAUGUUUUGAUGAUCUAAGAACUGUGGAUGGGGUUUGUUAUGAGACAUAUCGUGAGGCAUGUUUCGCAAUGGGAUUGUUAGAUGAUGACAAAGAGUAUGUUGACGGAAUUUCUGAGGGGAGUUUUUGGGCUUCAGCAUGGGUGCUCAGAAAGCAUUUUGUCAUAUUAUUGAUAGCGGAUACGAUGAGUAGACCAGAGUACGUUUGGGAAAAAUGUUGGACAUUCAUGUCAGAUGACAUUUUACACAGGCAGAGAACAGCUUUACUCCAUCCCGAUUUAACGUUAACAGAGGCGGAGAUUAAAAAUUAUGCACUAAUAGAAAUAGAGCUGAUGUUGAAGAGGAAUGGCAGGAGCUUAAAGAACUAUCCAUCAAUGCCAUUCCCUGACAUAAGUCAAUCAUCCAUGACUCAGAACAGGCUUAUAUUCGACGAAUUGCAAUAUGAUCGUGUUGCAUUAUGUCAUGAGCAUGAGAAAUGCAUUGAUAGUUUGAAUGAUCAACAACGUCACGUGUACACAACGAUUAUGGAAUCGAUUUAAGAAAACAAAGGCGGGGUUUUCUUUGUGUAUGGUUACGGAGGUACAGGAAAAACGUUUGUUUGGAAAACAUUGUCUGCUGCUUUGAGGUCAAAGGGGGAAAUUGUUCUUAACGUUGCUUCCAGCGGCAUUGCGGCUUUACUAUUACCCGGUGGGAGGACAGCUCAUUCACGUUUCGCAAUACCAAUCAAUCCGACUGAAAACUCCACCUGCAACAUCAAUCAAGGGAGUCCACUAGCACAGUUGAUAAUUCGGUGCAAACUCAUUAUAUGGGAUGAGGCACCAAUGAUGCACAAGUAUUGUUUUGAAGCUUUGGACAGGAGUUUGAGAGACAUCCUUAGAUUUACAAAUUCAUAUACCAGUGAUAAACCGUUUGGAGGCAAAACGGUGGUGUUCGGGGGGGAUUUUAGACAAAUCUUACCUGUAAUUACAAAGGGUACCAGACAAGACAUAGUGAAUGCCACAAUUAAUUCUUCAUAUAUUUGGCACGAAUGCAUUGUCUUGCGUUUGACAGAGAACAUGAGACUCCAAUCACUUAGUGACGAUUGUGAAUAUGAAGAUUUGGUGGAGUUUGCGAACUGGAUUGCUGCUUUAGGAGAUGGUACCGCGGGCGAAGUCAAUGAUGGAUUUGCCGAUGUCAAAAUUCCAAGCGACAUUCUCUUAGAGUGCGGAGAGGAUCCGAUUGCCACUAUUGUAAAAAGCACCUAUCCUGACUUUGAGAAAAUAGCCAAUGAUCUGUCCUACUUGCAAGAGCGUGCAAUCCUAGCUCCAACUCUUGAUGUUGUGGAUCAAAUUAACGAAUACAUGACAUCUCUCAAUGUUCAGGAAGAGUCUAGGACAUAUUUGAGUUCUGAUAGCAUCUGCAAGUCAGACUCAAAUUCCGAUUUCUUGGCUGAUUUGCACACUCCUGAAUUCCUAAAUAAAAUCCGUGCAUCAGGAGUUCCGAACCAUGAGUUAAUCCUUAAAGUCGGUACUCCGAUAAUGCUUCUGAGGAAUAUUGAUCCGUCUAUGGGGCUUUGCAAUGGAACAAGGUUGAUUGUUACACGACUUGGGAAUCACAUCCUCGGAGCAAAAAUUCUAGGGGGGAAAUAUGCUACACUUGAAGUUGUCAUUCCAAGGUUAACUUUGACUCCAUCUGAUUCAAGAAUUCCCUUCAAGUUUCAAAGAAGACAAUUUCCCGUCAUGACCUCUUAUGCGAUGACAAUAAAUAAAAGUCAAGGUCAAUCACUGUCGCAUGUUGGCCUUUUAUUAAAAAAACCAGUCUUUACGCAUGGUCAACUGUAUGUUGCAGCAUCGAGAGUCACAAAUCGCAAGGGUUUGAAGAUACUCAUAUGCAGUGAAAAUGGGGAACAACUCGAUCGUACUAUCAAUGUUGUUUACAAAGAAGUAUUUCGGAAUUUGUAGAGUACGGAUUUCCUAUUGUAAUUUGGUUUAUUCCUUACGAUCCUGAAACAUUAUUCGUACCAAUUACAUAUAUACUCUUUCAUGUCAUUUAGGCAUUAACUAUUUAUAUUAACAACUAAUACGAAACAAUUAAUUACUUAAUAUUAUUAUUUAGUAUAUGUCCCGCGCAUCGCGCGGGUGAAAAUCUUGUAACUUCCAUAAGAUCUGUAGAGUUUAAGUUUGAGUCGAG